AUGAAGCCCAGGCCAGCACGCAAGGCAGCCCCCGCGACGGUGGCCAUGCUCCCCAGCCUGGACGGCCCCUCGGUCGAGCUGCCCGUGCCCUCCAACGGCAGUGAUAGCGCCAGCGCGCUGUGCCGCGUCAACACAGGCGGCGCCGGGGACGACGGCGCGUCGUAUGAUCCCCACGCGGACGGCGACGCCGUCGGCGGCGUGUCGUGCGACGACAGCCUGCGGUCCUGCUCGCCAGGCCCGGGCACCGGGUUUGACGCGGGGCCGUCGCCCUACAUGACGCGCGGCGGAUACUAUGACGAAACCGUCGACCUGCGGCAGGUUCUGUCUUCCGGCUUUGCGCCGGACGGCCCUUGCAUGACGCCGCCUGGACGCGCGGGCGGCAUCGAGGCGAUGCCUGACUACUUGCUUACGCCGGGCGUUCAGGGCAUUCUCACCGCAAACGGUGCUGCAGACAUGCUCCCGACGCCGGCGCCGGACUGCGGCGCAGCCCGCGAGGCGCCCGCGGUUGCAGGCGCGGCGGCCGCGGUUGAGGGCAGCCCAGCCGCCGUCGAUGAGUGGCCACGGGGGGUUGACUACGUAGACGCGGACGCAACAGUGGCGCUGCUGCCGGCAGCGGACCUGGCGCGCGCUGGCUACCCCUUGGACUCCACUGCUGCACUGUUUCCUCCUGCAACAAUUGCGACGGGAGCUAGCCCCAGCAAUGUCAGCAGCCUGCGGUCUUCGUCGGUGGCCGAUGAUGUGGCGGCGCUCUGCGGGCGCAAGCGCAGGUCAGCGGAGGGGUCGGCGUCGCCAGCGUCGGCCCCAGUUGCGCCACCAGCCGCGGACGCAGCGACAGCCCAGUGCAGGGAUGCUGACGUCGCGGCCGUGGCGCCAUUGGCGGCCGGCGAGACGGUCGCGCCAAAGGAGGAUGCAGGGCCAGAAGGGACAGCAGCACCUGCUGAUCAGGAGAUGGACGGCGGAGCAGCGGUACAUCAGAUUCAAGAGGAUCAGCAGCAGCCGUCGCAGCAGGAGAAUGAGGGCCCCUCGACGUCGAAGGAGGCUGUGCUGGGAAUCGUGGAGGAGGAGGAGGAAGAGGCCCUGCAACCGCAGGUUGCUGCUGAGCGCGAGCCCGCAUCAGCGCCUCCAGAAACCGCAGUGGCGAGCGGCACCGACGCGGCGCCCGCCACGCAAGAGGACGGCGCUGCGGCCGACGCGCAGCAGCCGCCCGCGCGACGCCCGGAGGCGGCAAGGGCAGAGGGGCGAGGGCAGGAGGCGGGUGCGGCGCCGCAGCGGGAGGGGUCUGCCGGCCUGCUGGACCUUGAUUUGGAUGACGAAGAGCCUCUGGGCGCCACCAUCAUCCCCAGCCCCGCCGCCGCGGCCGCGCCCCGCCCCAGCCCCCGCCGUCAGGCCAGCGGCCGCGCGGCGCCCGCCACGGACGGGCAAAGCGGUGUGCACGAGAGCAUCCCUCUGUUUGUGCUGCAGCCCGAGGGGGAUGCUGCGGGUGGCGGCGGCGAUGGCAGGGAGGCAGGUGAGGCCGCAGUGGGCAUGGAGCAGGUCGCAGAGGGUUUGGAGGCGCAUGACUUUGAGCCGCUGCCAGAGGAGGGUGUGAUGGCCUGCCCGACAAGCUUGGCGGCUGACGCGUACGGGGCGCCGCUGCAUGGCAACGGCGGAGGCGCCAGCAGGCUGCUGGGCGGCGCGCAGCGUGUGCAGGCGCCGGCAGGGGCGCCCGGGCCGGAAUCGACAAUUGAGACGGCGGAGGUGGCGGUCACCACAAGUCCUGCAUCUGAGGGAGCAUCAGAGACGCCCGACACACCCGCAUCCUUCUUCACUCCGGACCCCGCGGCGCGCCCGGCGUCCGCGGCCGCGGCAAAGGCGGCGGCAGUGGAGGCGGCCGUCGCGGCGGCGCGCGGGGUGGAGGCCGGAUUUGGCUCCUCAGCAAGCGGGGUGCAGGACAGCCCCGCGGAGUUCCGUUCGCCGGUCGCGCGUGCUGGCGCCGGCAGCCCCACCCUGGCCCUUUACGAGGGUGUGGACGAGCUGCGCACGUUCAGCGACACCAGCCUGCUCAUGCCAGCGAGGCUAGCCCCCGCCGCCGCGGGCGCCGCGCCCGCCGCCGGUGCGAGCGCGGGCGCGGCGCCCUCGGCCGGGCCGGCGGCGCAGGCGAUUGACCACCUUGAGCGCUCGGCGGCGUCGCUGUCGGCGGUGUACCACGCGCGCCUCGUCGGCACGCCCUUCCAGCGGGCCGCCGCAGCAAACGUGGCCGCCGCGGCCAACGUGCCUUUGAUGGACUCGAGCCCCUUUGAUCUGGGGGAGAUGGACACCCUGUCCUUUAGGGAGGACCUGGCAAAGGUCUGCCUGAAGCUCUCAGCCGACAGCCCCGCGACGCAGGCAAAGACGGCGUCGGCCCGACCCGCCCCUGCCCAGCCAGCCGCCACGGAGGGCGGCAGCAGCGGCGGCAGCGGCGGCGGCUCCGUGGCGGACGCGCUGCUGACUGCGCAGCUGCGGGUGAUGACCCAAAAGGCGGCGGGGUUUGAGCGGCAGAUGAGGCAGGCUCAAUCAGAAGCUGAGAGGCUCAAGGAGCAGCUGGCCACCCUUGAAUUUGAAAAGACCGAGUUGGGGCAGCAGGACGAGUUUGAGCGCGAGGCACGGCUCUUUGCGGAGGACCAGCUGAGGGCGGCGCAGCGCGAGGCGUCCGGGCUCAGGCAGCAGGUGGCCGCGCACCAGGAGAUGCUGGCCGAGGCGCGGUGCGAGCUGCAGCUGCUGCAGGAGCGACAGAAGGACGCGGAGCAGGGCUGGGCGCAGGAGAGGGAGGAGCUGCGGGCCAGGGCGGUGCAGGCUGCGUCCGAGCGGGACUCCGCCCUGGACAGGCUGGACUUCCAGGAUGUGCGGCUGACGGCGCUGGGGGGCGCCAACAGCGAGCUGCAGGCCGCGCUCGCAGCGGAGCAGGCGCGCGUGGAGGAGGGAGCACUGCGGCUGGCCGCCAAGGAGCAGGAGCUGGCGUGCGCGGCCUCGCAGCUGGAGGAGUCACGAGCGCAGACAGAGAAGGCCGUGGAGCAGGUGUGCAGCGCCAACAUGGCGGCCGAGCAGUCCGCGGAGGCCGCCCAGGCCGACCGCGCGCGCCUUGACGGCCUGCUCGCGCAGCUGGCCGCGUCCGCGGAGGCCCAGGCUGCACUGGAGGGCGAGCGCGACAAGCUGGCGGCGCAGGCGCAGCACUAUGGCCUGCUCAAGCAGAAGUAUGCCCAGAAGAGCGCCGCGCUCAAGGAGGCCACGGCCAAGGUGGCGGCCAAGGAGGCGGAGAACGGUGAGCUGAUGGCGAUGUGCGACAUGCUGCUGCAGCAGCAGGAGGCGGCGCGCUGCAGGGACACGGCUGAGGCGCCAGACCAGCGGUAG